AUGAAAAUCCAAUCCUUGGUGAUAAAGACCCUCUUUUCUGAUCACAGUCAGGACAGAGUUAAAGGACUUGCAGUGAAACUCAUCGACCAUUCUAUGAAACAACUCAACGGCUUUCUCAGGCAAAUGUGCUCUCUCAUAAGCCCUAAAUACAAAACUUUGAAAGAGAUUUGUUGUAAUGAUGCUUCACUUCAAUUAAUGUUGCAACUUGCAAAUGAAGACACAAGGACAUCGCAAUAUCAAAAGUCCAACAACAUGAAAUCCAAGCCUAACGCGCUCCUCAUCGCGUCCACUCUCGUUCUCUACUGGAUUCUUUACAACGUCAGGAAUCUGGUCGUCAGGAUCGAGCAGCUUAACCAGCGUAUCAAAAGGUCAAGUAAUUCACGAGUGUAUACGAUGAUCACGUCCAAGAAACGAUUGCAUGUCUCUAUCCAAUAA